GGCUCUAGAGACUGCUAGACGCUAUGGUUACUCAGUGGAAUUUACUGGCGUAGGGCACCCACCAACAGGAAUGGAGAAUGUUGGGUUUUGUACCCAAAUAGGUGUGUUUGUUAGAAAAUAUCCUCAAACCAGUGAAUCUGCUCAGUCUGAGAAACCCACUGAAGCAGUUUACAAAACAGUCUUCAAAGCAGUGUAUCCAAGUCUUAAAGAUGAGAAGUACCUGCAGAAUGCAGUGGUCAGUGAAGUUAUUUUCACAGCACAAAUCAUUAAGCAAAGUCUGCUGGACCGUUUAAUGUCAGAACAUAAGGAGUAUAAUGAUGAUCCUACUGAGAGAAAAACUACAUUCCAACCUUUAAUGAACUGUUUUUCAGAAGAUCUUGGAAAACUGGUUGUUGAAAAAAGCAUGGAAGCAUUUGUCGAUGGAGAUGUGGUUUAUAUACCUCUUAAAACAAUCUUUUCUUUUCCCAAAGUGAAUCAACUUUGUGGUACUUUUGAGAAGUUAUGCAAGCUUAUUGCUGGCAAGGUCAUACUGAGCACUGAUGGUUCUGCUGUGAUGCUCAAUACUGAACAUGAAAAUUAG